AUGGCAUUCUCCUACCUCUUCCAAUUCCUGGACAAGUCCGCCCUGGGCUUCACCGCCAUCAUGGGCCUCCGGACGGACCUGCGUCUCACGGGCGAGGGGUACUCGUGGUCAAGCGGCAUCUACUACUUUGGCUACCUCGUCGCCUCGUACCCGGCGGCCAUGCUGAUGGUGCGCUGGAAAGUCGGCAAAGUCAUCACCAUGUCGGUCCUCGUCUGGGGCGCCGUCCUCAUGCUCACGGCAACCGCCUUCAACGCCGGCUCCCUCCUCGCGAACCGCUUCUUCCUGGGCGUCACCGAGGCCUCCAUCGCGCCGGGCCUCACCAUCGUCGUGUCCAUGUGGUACAAGCGCCACGAGCAGCCUCUCCGCCACGCGGCGUGGUUCCUGGGCAACACCUGCGCCGGCAUCUUUGGCGGCCUUGUCGCGUACGGCAUCGGCCACGUACAGAGCAUCACGCCCUGGAAGGCCGUGUUUCUCACCUUUGGCGCCGCGACGGUCGCCUGGUCCGUCGGCAUAUACUUUCUCUUGCCGGACACGCCCAUGGAGGCGAGGUUCCUCAGCAAGCAAGACAGAGAAAAGGCCGUGCUGCGUGUCAAGGAGAAUAUGACGGGCAUCAAGAGCGACAAGAUCAAAUGGGGACAGGUCAAGGAGGCCCUGCUGGAUGCGAAGACGUGGUUGAUUGUCGCGCUGCAGCUGGUCUCGUGCAUUCCGAACGGCGCCGUGACCACAGGCUUUGGCUUCAGUACCUUUGAUACCCUGCUUCUCGGUUGCGUCGCCUACCUCCUCCAGCUGGUCCAGGUGCUCUUCGCCACCGGGGGAAGCAGCUACUUUGCCAACUCGCGAACCUACUUCAUGGCAUUCAACUACGCUAUUGGCGUGACUGGCGCGGCAAUGGUGCGAUAUACCGCCCCCGAAAACAGAUGGGCGCGGUUCGCCGGCUCUGUGCUGGCAGGCGGGUAUGGCGGCAACUUUCCGUUACUCAUGUCCCUCAUGUCUGGGAACGUUGGGGGCUUCACAAAGAAGACGACGGUGAAUGCCAUGUCCUUCAUCGCCUACUGCGCCGGCAACAUCAUCGGCCCCCAGCUCUUCUUUGCGCGCGAAGCGCCAGAAUAUCUAUCGGGGUUUUUGGCACUCAUGAUAUGCCUUGCGAUGGGCUUCGCCUUGUGCUGGGUCAUUCGGUUCCAUCUCAUGUGGGAGAAUAGCCGGCGAGAUAGGGUGGUCAGCGCCGAGGAGGUUGCCGCGUUUGACGAGGCGCGGCAUGGCGUCAUGGUGAACUUGACUGAUAUGACGGACAAGGAGAUUCCGCAGUUCAGAUAUGUGUACUAG